AUCUCACUAUUGCACAAGUGUGUUCUAAGCCAGCAGACCAAAGAUGAGACCUCUGGUUUUAUUCGCCAUUUUAAUAUGUUUUCACUGCAUUCUGAGAAAAAGUUUUUGCACAUCAGAACAAGACAAAGUUCUGUCCAUCACAGCUGCAACAUCAGAGCAAGUGAGCCUACUGCAGAACAUCUCCAGCCAUAAUGAGACGGUGCUGUGGCAGCCAGCGUCUCCCAGUCACAUCGCAACAAACACACCUGUCCAUCUCUACAUCCAAUCCAGCAGCGUAACACGAGUCACUGAGCAGCUACACGCACAUGGAUUCUCCUUCAGCGUUCUGCUGGAUAACACGCAGCAUCUGAUCCAGGAACAGACCCGAAACGACACCACAGAUCCCAAGAGCGGUGGCAUGAACAAUGAAAGAUAUCACUCUUUAGAGGACAUUUAUUAUUUGGUCAAUAAAACAAGCCAAGAGCAUCCCGACAUGACCAAACUCAUUCUGAUUGGCUCGUCAUUCGAGAAAAAUCCACUGUAUGUCUUGAAGCUGUCAGGAAGACGAGGCCCAGUGGAUAAAGCCAUGUGGAUGGAUUGUGGGAUUCAUGCCAGAGAGUGGAUCUCACCUGCUUUUUGCAUUUGGUUCAUCAAAUAUGCUCUUACAUUUUACAAGGAAAUCCCUGACAUCACCACGUUGCUGGACAAGAUGGACAUUUACAUCUUACCCGUCAUGAAUCCAGAUGGUUACAAGUACACAUGGACAACGAACCGCAUGUGGAGGAAGAACCGGUCCGUGAGGCAGGGCAGUUCAUGUGUUGGCGUCGACCUGAACAGGAACUUCGAUGCCAAGUGGUGCACGGCGGGAGCGUCCAGCAAUCCCUGUUCUGAUAUUUACUGUGGGCAGUAUCCGGAGUCCGAGCCGGAGGUGCAAGCUGUGACCAAGUUCCUGCGCGCCCACAAGGACUCUGUCAAACUUUACUUCUCCAUCCAUUCCUACUCACAGCUGCUGCUCUUUCCGUACUCCUACACCCUUGAGCAGGUCCCAAACUACACUGAGCUGUUUGAGCUUGUCCAGGAAGCAUCCUUUAAAAUACGUCGGCAUUACAGAAACAUGUAUCGCUAUGGUUCUGGAGCAAAAACAAUAUAUCUAGCUCCUGGGGGAUCAGAUGACUGGGUCUAUGAUCAAGGCAUUACAUAUUCGUUUACCUUUGAGCUGCAGGACCGUGGGCGGUACGGCUUCCUCCUUCCUCCAAACUUGAUCAAUAAUGCCUGCAAUGAAGCUUUUGCAGGGGUCAAGACCAUAGCUAUGCGUGUCCUAGAGAAACUUCAAUGAAUCAAUGCUUCAUUCUUUAUCCUACAUACAUGAUCUACAGCUAAGGUUUUCACUGCCCUCAACAGUUUCAUCUUAUUUCUGCUCUUAACACAUUCAGCUCAUAAUAAAGCACUUGUUAAGGCGGGCUGUGGUGAUGGAGCAGGAAAAGCCUGAAACGAUGCUGUGCAGUGAUUCACCAGUCCUGCGCUCUCAUUGACUUUCCUUUGAGUGAAUUUAAUUAGUCGAAUGAGGCUUUGAUGGCCUCAACAACCAAGGCAGCACUGGCACAACUUCCAAAGAAAAAAAUUCUUGGUAUUAGUAAGAUAGCAUUGAAAUGCAGUGAUUGCUAUAUGAGUGAUACAUGCAAUAUGGCAUGAUACUGGUAUUACAAAAUACACACUUUCACAAUAACUGCAAUGAUUGCAAUCAUUUCUUAUUAAUCUCAAGUCAGUUUGGCAAAAACUAAAAUAAUAAAGUAAAUAAAAAGCAAA